CCACCACUAUCACCUGAUCGGUGUACGAGUUGCCUUCUGAACUUGUUCCGCAAAAUCUCCGCACUUGAAGACUAAAUUCGUGGCAAUUCGCCGACAACGAGAGAUAAAAGGAUGAGAAGCUCAUUUAUCUCAAAAUCCGAAGCUCGAUAUGCUUUUCCAGCUAGUUGUUGGGAGUCUUGGUGUCCUCGCAUGUUCUGUUAAAGCUCAACAAUCCGUCUAUCAACAAUGUGGAGGUAUAGGAUGGUCGGGGGCUACGACUUGUACGAGCGGGAGCACCUGUACAGUGAUUAAUCCUUAUUAUUCUCAAUGUCUUCCUGGCUCAGCUUCGGCACCUUCAAGCACUUCGACUUCUGCAUCUAGCACUUCCACUGCGUCCAGUACUACUUCGACCUCUAGCACAAGUGCUCCUUCUAGUACCUCUCCCGCGAACCUGUCCCCAGAAUGGGCAGCAGCAUACACAAAAGCGCAAGCUGCUGUGCUCAAGCUUUCUUUGGCUGAUAAAGUCAGUCUGGGUAGUGGUGUUGGCUGGGAAAAGGGUAACUGUGUUGGAAACACACCCCCGAUCUCUUCCAUCUCCUUUCCUGGUCUAUGUUUAGAAGAUAGCCCUUUGGGAGUUCGCGAUGCAGAUUUUGUCUCGGCAUUCCCUCCUGCUAUCAAUGUAGCUGCUACGUUCAACCGAACUUUGAUGCAACAAAGGGGAGUAGCGAUGGGGCAGGAAUUUCGCGGAAAAGUCGCCCUCGGACCAAUGAUGAACCUUAUGCGCGCGCCCGCUGCGGGGAGAAAUUGGGAAGGAUUUGGUGGAGAUCCAUUUUUAUCUGGAGAGGGUGCCUACGAAACGAUCAUGGGUAUACAAUCUACGGGGGUUCAAGCAACUGCAAAACAUUACAUCAACAACGAGCAAGAACAUUCACGGACAACCAGUAGUUCGGAAGUAGAUGAUAGAACGGAGCAUGAACUCUACGCAAUUCCGUUUUUGCGCAGUGUGCAGGCUAAUGUAGCUGCCGUCAUGUGCAGCUAUAAUCAAAUCAAUGGAAGUUUUGCAUGCGAAAAUGACAAGACACUGAAUGGGAUUCUCAAGGGCGAGUUGGCGUUCCCGGGAUAUGUCAUGUCAGAUUGGGGAGCGACACACUCUACCGCCCCCGCUGUCAAUGCAGGCUUAGACAUGACCAUGCCUGGGGAUAUGGGAGCCCUUGGAGCUGGAGGAAAUUGGUUCGGACAAAAUCUCGUAGAUGCAGUGAACAACGGGAGUGUCUCUGAGGCCAGAGUCACAGAUCUGGCUACCCGCGUUUUAGCUGCAUGGUAUCUUGUCGGUCAAGAUUCAGACUACCCCUCUGUAAAUUUCGACGCAUGGAAUUUGAAUGCGCCCGUGAAUACGCACGUUAACGUGCAGGCCGAUCAUAAAGAUUUGAUUCUUGAGAUUGACCGAGCGUCCACAGUAUUGCUGAAGAACACCGCGGGUGUCCUUCCUCUCAAGAAGCCAUCUACACUAGCAAUAGUUGGAAAUGGCGCUUUCAAUAGCUCGAAAGGUCCUAAUGGCUACAGUGAUCGUUCGGGCGAUGAUGGUGUAUUAGCCAUGGGUUGGGGGAGUGGAACAGACAACUUCCCGUACUUAAUUGCUCCCAUAGACGCCAUAACCUCGCGAGCGUCUACUCAGGGGACCGUUGUCUCCUCAUCGUCUAGCGAUACAGAUUUGAAUGGUGCUGCUGCUGCUGCAAUCAAUAAAGAUGUUGCCUUGGUCUUCAUCACUGCUGAUUCUGGGGAAGGCUAUUUGACAGUCGAAGGAAAUGAGGGUGAUCGUAAUGAUCUUUCAGCAUGGCACAGUGGUGAUGCACUAGUCUCCCAAGUGGCCAGUGUGAACUCCAACACCGUCGUUGUAGUCAAUAGUGUCGGACCUAUCAUCAUGGAAGCAUGGAUUGAUAAUGCCAAUGUGACUGCCGUCGUAUGGAGUGGUUUACCUGGACAGGAAGCAGGAAAUGGCGUCACCGACAUUUUGUACGGUGAUUACAACCCAAGCGGACGGCUCCCAUUCACCAUUGCCAAAGCCACAACCGAUUAUUCCGCACAGGUAAUAUACCAGGACGCUCCGGAUUCCAACAUCCUUCCGAUUCCAUACAACGAAGGCAUUUUUAUUGACUAUCGUCAUUUUGACGCGGCCGAUAUUGCCCCUCGAUUCGAAUUCGGUUUCGGGUUAUCAUACACAAGUUUCGCAUAUUCAGGUAUCAGCGUUUCAGGUUCUACUUCCAGCAGUUCAAGCGCUCCCUCCGGUCCUGGCGCGAUAUUGAAUCCUUGGUUUCAUGAUGCAGUAGUGACAGUGACGUUCACAGUGGAUAAUAACGGCACUGUUGCUGGAAAUGAGAUUCCACAGCUAUACAUUACUCUACCUCCCUCUGCGGGAGCUGCACCGAUGAACUUGAAAGGCUUUGACAGUGUUUUCCUUGCUCCCGGGGAAAGUACACAGGUCACCAUGAGUCUUUCGAGAUUUGACUUUUCGGUGUGGGACGUCCCAAGUCAGCAAUGGGUUAUCCCCUCCGGAACUUCGACAAUUUCUAUCGGUGCCAGCAGUCGGGAUAUACGCUUGACACACACCAUUACAAAUUAAAGAAGUGUAGUUUAGAAUUAGUUUGAAAUUUCCCACUUUUGAACUAUACCCAAUGUGUUUACCAAGCUACACUUUUUCUGUCACUCGCGGUUGUGAGAAUCAGAUCAGGCGUAAACGGGAGAGCAGACAAGCGAAGUCGCUGCGCAUUGUGCGCAUACCUCAAAUGAGGGGAGCGAUGAAACAGAUACAACGGUGUAUGUUACAAGACAACUACAUUCCCAUCCCAUCGUCUUCACGACCCCAACCGCUGACGACGACGUCUUCAGCC